GAUGUCAUUUGCAGAGCAGAUGGACUUGGCUUUGCGCUUGAGCCGCGCCGCCGAUGCAGAGGAGGAGGUGGCGAGGGCAAAGCCCGCACCAGCACCGGCCGAGGAGGCGGCAGAGGAGAAGGACUCCGAAAGCGUCCUCCUCGAACUUGCCCAACCUGCGUCGGCAGGAACUUCCGCAGCAGAUCCACUGCAGGUGGUUCUGCGCGAAAGCUCCGCCGGCGAGGAGAUUGGCCUUCAGGGUCAGCUGAGGCACAACUGUGAGCAGAUUGCACUUAAGCUGACGCGCGCUGACUGGCUCCUGCUCUACGAGGGCGUGGCUCUGGAGGCGCAGCUGCGAGCUCGAACUGUUGCGUACCAACUGCGGCAACGGCAGCCCGAUGCCAAAGGCGCCGUGCAGCUUUUCGACUUGGAGGCGGUUCUUCUGCAGCUGCCAAUCUUUGGGGCAAGAGGCUCCUCUCCGGAGGGCGCCGUGGCGGCUGCGUCGGCGGCGUGCGCAGAGGCUGGUCUGGCAACCGGCGGGGGUGAG